CUGUUGGCGAAUAGGAUGCGCCAAACGCAGAAGAAAGCGCCGUGAGAGCUAUUAGAGGAAACAAGCGGCAGAAGUGCGCGGCGCAAUUUGGAGUUUGAGGACACAAAGUUGUGAGAGGCGCAAAUACAUCUCGGGAGAAGUUCUUACCAUUUUCAUGGCGCUUCAGUAGUUCAGGCCCUUAAAAAGGCAUGCAAAGAAGAGGACAUAAAUCCUAAAUUACCAGGAGCGAUGGCAUCUUACCACGGCUUAGAGGGUGACGCAAUGGCCCUGAUGGUGCACGACACCAACGCGGUGAAGACGGAGGAGUUCGUGAAGGACGAGCCGGUCCGGACCGAGUCGAGCUCGGAGAAAGCGGACCCGUCCCAAAAGCCGCCGUACUCGUACGUGGCCCUCAUCGCCAUGGCCAUACGCGAGAGCUCGGAGAAGCGCCUGACCUUGUCAGGCAUCUACCAAUACAUCAUCAACAAGUUCCCUUUUUACGAAAAGAAUAAGAAGGGAUGGCAGAACAGCAUCCGCCACAACCUGAGCCUGAAUGAGUGCUUCAUCAAAGUGCCGCGCGAAGGUGGCGGGGAGCGCAAGGGGAAUUACUGGACGCUGGACCCGGCGUGCGAGGACAUGUUUGAGAAGGGGAAUUACCGGCGCCGGCGGCGGAUGAAGCGGCCGUUCAGGCCUCCCGCGGCUCAUUUCCAGCCCGGCAAGUCUCUGUUCGGCGCAGACGGCUACGGUUACCUGUCGCCUCCUAAGUACAUCCAACCAAGCUUCAUGAACAACGCCUGGUCGCUCGCUCAGCCUCCUCCGCCGCCGCCUCCGCCGCCCAUGUCGUCCUACGCGUCAUGCCAGAUGGCGAGUGGCGACGUGAGUGCCAUCAACGUAAAAGGCCUUUCCACCGCGUCCUACAACCCGUACUCCCGCAUGCAGGCCAUGGGCCUUCCGAGCGUCAUGAACUCGUAUAACGGCGUGAGCCAUCACCAGCACCAGGCGCAGCAGCUAAGCGGAGCGGCGCCUGCGCCUUCACCCAUACCAGGCAAUAGCGCGGCGGGGCUCCAGUUCGCUUGCGCCGCGCGUCAGCCCACCGACCUCUACUCGUACUGGGACCAUGAAGCCAAGCAUUCAGCUUUGCACUCUCGGAUUGACAUUUAAACCGAAAGAGAGGCACAAAACUGGAAACUGCUUGACGACUCAGUGUUGUGAACGUUUUCUAGGCCGCCUGGGAGGUCUAUUUUACAUUUCUUUUUCUCUCGAGACUUACACGGAAUAGAAACAGAGUAGCUCUGAAGAAAGCAAAAAAAAAAAAAAUUCCCUGGGUUGGAUUAAGCCUUGUAGAGCUUCAGUUGAUAGAUACAGAUGUUCAUUUAUCACAGUGCGUAAUUCAACACUGAAAAUUUGGCUCUGAAAUUCAGAUCUCGCUUAAAAGGAUCUCGCCUGCACACUUAUAUUUGUACAGAUGUCAGAUUAACUUUUACAGCACAGAAUAAACACUUGCAGUUUUUACUUACAACAACAAAGAUGAAUGAACUUUCACAGGGCCUCUCUGUGUCCAGAUGGGCCGAUAUUAUCCCAGUUGUAUGAUUUUUAGAUAUCGGCUCAUGAAGUCUACAGAGCGCACACGCAAAUAUAAAAAUCAAAGAAAGACUACAGCCCAUAAGUCAAUAUGUUAAAAAUGAGCUCUGGCUGUGAAAAUCAACUUCACGCAGUGUUUUGAAAUGAACCCGAGUGUGUUUAUAUGAUUAUUUUGAGCCCUAAAAUAGCCCCAGUCUGUUGUUUACUCCGUCCAGUAUAGAUUAGUCCUGUAGAAUACUGACAUAAUAGCUUUUUAGAUCGUUGAAAAUUAAUCUUUUUUUUUAUUAUUUUAUUUUAUUAUUUUUUUAAUUAAAAAUCACCAGGCCAGACCUCUUUUCGUUGAUAUAUAUUUUUUGAUACUUUACUGAAAUAAUGACAUUGUUGGGACCAUGUUAAAUCGGCACUUAUUUUAAAUAAAAUACUUUGGUGAAAUAUUUCGUUGUAGAUUAAUAUUCUGGAUGUACACAAAUAUUAAAUAGCUAUCAGGCCAGUCUUAUAAGUAUUUUUUAUAAGUUAUAGUAACCCCAAAAAAUACUAAGAAUGUUUGUCUUUCGUAAAAUAUAUUUUUUUAAAAAGUGUAUUUGAAUAGAAAAUGCGUUUUGACAGUACAGUAAAUAGACCAUUAUAGUGUUUUGAAGAUUGCUGACAACCAUAUGGUAUUUAAACUUUCUUUAGAACAUGUUAUAAUUUUAACAAAUAGUGGAAUUAACUAUACAGAAAUAUUUUCUAUCGUAUUGCUUACAUUUGAAUAAUGAUAAAAUGUCAAUUACAUAAAAUAAUACAGGGUUUUAAAAUAUAGAAUAAUAAUCUAAUUCUAAGAUAAUACAUUAGAUUCUACUCUGUACUGUUUUAGGGGUUCCUUAUUUUAUGCUGAAAGAAAUCCAUUUUAAUUGUUUAUUUUUUUUAGGGUAAGGUUAUCUUUACAAUCUUAACAUCAUACACAAAAUUAAAAUUUUGAAAAAUUAAAAAGGUAUGUGUCAUAAAAUAAAAAGGACUGAGUGCAAAAGUCUAAAAUGUAAUGUAUAUAAUUUUUUAGACGAAUAUUAAAUUAUUGCAAAUAUAUAUGUGUAUAUUUUUCCCCCAAACAAUAAUUACACAAUAGGUUGGCAUGGCAAAUCGUGCAAUAAACAUUUGCAAGUGAAAAUCACCUCCAUAUGGGUUUGGGCACUGGCAGUAGUUAUACAGUAGCCAGGCUUAAAGAACACUGCUAAAGGCAUAAACAAAUUGUAGAUAAAACUGAUAGUGGACUUUUCAGGUCAAAUAAGGGACAAACCUAGUGAAAAUGGAUGGGAAGGGGGAAAGUAUUUUAUUUAACUGUUGUAUUUAAACUAUACUUGUUUAAAAUAUUUGAUUGUGGGCUUUUUAAAAUGUGGAAAACGAAAUAAAUCUGAACUUUGUUACACAGUUCACACAGGGGUGUUUAAUAAUUAGUCUUAGUGCAAAAUAUUAAAAAGAAACUAGGCAUAGACUCGGGUUUAAAAUAUAGUCUAAUUAUGAGAUAAAUUAAAGUCACUUCUGCUGAAAUAGGACAAAAUUGAGAAUCUAAACAAUAGCAUGGCGGAAUAAAAAUAUAAAUAUGUAUCUGA